UUUUUAUUUUUUUAUUUUUUGAAAAAAGGCGCAUGCCUGCAUUUUCCGAGAAAAUCCCACAAUUUUCUCAUCAACCGAGAAAAAUAAAUUCUCUGUCCUUCUGUUUCUUUUUCUUCAACAACAACAGAGAUUCCAAAAAAAAAAAAAAAAACUCGACCUUGACAGUUAGCUAGAUUUCCACCAUAAAAAAUAAUCAAGGACGACGACGACGACGACAAUGACAAGCUUUCUCUUUAGCCUCAUUUUCUUUUCUCUUUCUCUCUGUCCAAACACACAUCUUCCACUCUCUCACUUUUUUCUCUAGAAAUCUCUGGGGUGGAUCUUUCUCUCUCAGUAUCAAAGAUUCGUACAUAACUUUGCAAUCAAUUCCCUCUUUUCUCUAGGAAUAAUGAGAUUCUGAUUCAUCAUCUAACAUUAUUUCUCUGCCUCUUUUUUUACUUUUUUUUUCGGUUUUUUGGUUUUGGAUUGAUAUUUGUGAACAUUGUUUCCAUUAAUUUUGAAAGCAAAAUGUUUGUCAUUGAAAAUGGUUUCCCCUUUUCACCAGUCUUGAAGAACCUCUUUCUCUGCUUUGGGCUUCGAUCUAAACACGUUCCUGUCUCUCCCAGAUCUAUCAACAAAAUCUAGGGUUAGGGUUUCCUUCUUUGUUUCCUGUCUCUUUUUAUUAAUUUAUCGAAUCAGUCUCCGGACAAUGUGGCUGUUUUCAAUUUAAGAGCCCUUGGUCCUAAAUUCAAGGUUUUCUUUUGUUUUUAAAUUUUAUCCCUCAGAAAAUCUACAAUGCUAAGGCAAUUCCUCAGUAAACUCCCACGAAAAUCCGGGAAACCGGACUCGCCGGAGCUAGCUCGGUCAAACUCAUGCACGACAGCUGGGUCAACCCCACAAACUCAUCGAUCCAACAGUUUGAACUCGGGCUCUGUCCGGCCCUGCGCUGCAAAACGGACAUCCUCAGCCGUUUUCCCGGCGAGUGUUGUGGCAGGAAUCGAGCCGUUGUUGCCAUUCAAAGACGUGCCGAAUUCGGAAAAAAUGAAUCUUUUCGUGAGUAAAGUUAGCCUUUGUUGUGUAACUUUCGAUUUCACUGACCCAGCUAAAAGUUCAAUUGAAAAAGAUGUUAAAAGACAAACCUUGCUUGAGUUGUUGGAUUUUGUGGCAUCUGGGUCUGUUAGAUUUAGCGAACCCGCGAUUUUAGCGAUGUGUCGGAUGUGUGCUGUGAACUUGUUCAGAGUUUUCCCGCCUAAUUAUCGGUCUAGUGUAAGUAAUGGUGGUGAAAAUGAUGAUGAUGAGCCAAUGUUUGAUCCAGCUUGGCCACAUUUGCAAAUUGUGUAUGAUUUGCUGCUUAAGUUUAUCACUUCUUCGUGUCUUGAUGCAAAACUAGCAAAAAAGUAUAUAGAUCAUUCCUUUAUUUUGAGAUUGCUUGACUUGUUUGAUUCGGAGGAUCCAAGGGAAAGGGAGUGUUUGAAGACCAUAUUGCAUAGGGUUUAUGGGAAGUUUAUGGUUCAUAGGCCGUUUAUUCGGAAGGCUAUUAGCAAUAUAUUCUAUCGGUUUGUUUUUGAGACGGAGAGACAUAAUGGGAUCGCGGAGUUGUUGGAGAUUUUUGGGAGUAUAAUCAGUGGGUUUGCUUUGCCUUUGAAGGAGGAGCAUAAGAUCUUCUUGUGGAGGGUUUUGAUUCCUCUGCACAAGCCGAAAACUUUGGGAGUUUACUUUCAACAACUGUCCUAUUGUGUUACGCAGUUCAUUGAGAAGGAACCCAAGUUGUCCAGUACAGUGAUAAGGGGGUUGCUGAAGUACUGGCCCAUAACAAACAGCCAGAAGGAGGUGAUGUUUCUUGGUGAGUUGGAAGAGAUUUUGGAAGCAAUUAAUAUGGUGGAAUUCCAAAGGGUUAUGGUCCCAUUGUUCUGGCGGAUUGGCUGUUGCAUCAACAGUUUCCACUUCCAGGUGGCUGAAAGGGCACUUUUCUUUUGGAAUAAUGAUCAAAUUGUAAACUUAAUUGCACAUAAUCGGCAUGUGAUUUUGCCCGUCAUACUUCCAUUCUUAGAAAAGAAUGCCCAGAACCAUUGGAACCAAGCAGUGCUUAACUUAACUCUUAAUGUCAGAAAGAUUUUCAUGGAGAUGGAUGAUGUACUGUUUAUGUCCUGCCACACUCACUUUAUGGAGGAAGAGGCAAACCUAAGCAUAUUAGCUGAGAAACGAAAGGAAGCAUGGGAGCGACUAGAAAAUGCAGCCAGUCUCCAGCCAAUAACUGGAAAUACUGCUGUUCUGGUAACUCCUUUGGCAACGUCAAUCGCCUGUUAAGUGGCUUUCCUGAGUUGUUGUUGUCCUGAGGUUUUUGAUUUUUCCUCUUUCCCACCUUUUAUAAUGAUGGGAAAAUGUAUGCAAAUGGCUGCUGUUAGGGGGUGGUGGGAUUUUUUUGGAUGUUCCAUUGGCAGCCUUUUCUUGUAACUUGUUUUCUGUAUUCUCCAAAUGCUACUGUGUGGGAUGUUAAUUGCUUCCUGGGAAACGUAAUGGGAAGGACCAUGCAGUGGAUUAUACAAGUUUAUGUAUCACCUAA